CAUUGGUUUUACAAGUCAUAUUUGCCACAAAAUCAGCCACUGGAAAACCUUGGAAAAUUGAACUGCCUUGUUCAUUUUCCUGCCAAAGAUCAGUCAAUUUUUGCCUCAAAUAGAUCUUGAAUCGACACAGACUUUCGGAAAAUGUAUGUGCGGUUGCCGGACUGCGCUUCACAUGAUCUCAGUUAAAUUAUUGAAAUCUCAAAAUUUGUGCUCAAUUAACCCUAGGUUGCAACGCUCACGUUAUCUUUGAGCGGUCCGUUCAGUAAAAAGCCAUUUUUCCGUGCAAAACAAUUGUUGUCGUUAUAUGAUAUUAUCCUGUGUGCCUCAAAUACCGAUCGAACAUACAAGUCAUGGCUUAGAGACGCGGUUGCCCGGGUUACUAUCAGACCACCGGUAAAGCUUGAUUCAAUCUAAUGCGUACCUGAACACUCAAAAAGGCUGAGAACUUUUGAAACUCGUUCCGCUAAGUGUUUUACUUGCUAUCGGUAUUGAACUGCAUUCGUUAACAACUUGUUAACGUUCCACAACAUUGACGUAAAAUUCUUGCAAGUUAACCACCAGUAGUGGUACUGUCGUGUCCGUCUGUUGCUGUUAAAGAUCAGGAAAAACUGCUCUCACAUGAACAUAUGAAGUGAAAGUUUAUGGUGUUGGCGUUGAUUUUUGGUACCGUCGGUGGUGGUUCAAGGAAAACCAGGGUAAAGUCACCUGGAAGUGGACGAAAUUGCGUGAAUAUGUAACCGGUUAGCCGCUACCCAGAUUUUUACUUUCAAAUCUUAUAUGUUUAAAAACCAACAUAAACAAUGCCUGAACACGAUAAUGAAUCUAUAACGAAAAAUGGGCGAGUGGACGCAAAUGUGGAUCAGAAGCCUCAGUUGUAUGCUGCCGAAAUCGAGCCUUGUCUGAUCCAAAGCGAUUCCGAACCGAAGAAACUGCCAUUCUAUGAAAAAUACGUGUCGAACAUUCAAAGCAAAACUGGAUUAUCGCGAAAAUGGAUUUUUAUCGUUUUGGGUUUAGUGACUUUAGUGGCAGUGCUGUUUUUAGUUGUUGUGGGUUUAGUGAUAGGCUGGCCGGUUUUACCCCACAUGUUUCGGUACUCUUUGUGUAGAGAUCCUCAGUGCUUACGAGCUGCUUCUCAGAUUCGAGAAAAUCUGGACGUUUCAGUCUCACCAUGUACAAAUUUGUGGAGCGCAGUCUGUUUCUCAUACGUGAAUAAUUCAGCUCGACCCUUAGAUAUUCCCGUUUGGAAUCAGAAGCAGAAGCUGAUCCAGAAAGAGUUGGAACGGAUCAGAACGAUGAUAUCAACGUUGGAAUUGCCACUUCAUGCCGGUACAAUUAACUGGAAGCUGAAGAACUUUUACGAUGCUUGCAUGAAUUUGGACAAUGUGGUCCUGGAUGCAGCCAGACCUUUAACGAAUAUUAUUUCAGAAUUGGGUGGUUGGCACAUUUUGCGUGACUGGAGCGAAGUGGACUUUGAUGGCAUGAAAGUAUUGACAGUGCUGCAGGUGCAGUAUGGAGUGAACCCUUUUUUCAAGGUGCACGUUGAACCCGAUCCGCAUGUACCCGAGAAGAAUUGCAUCCGAAUUUCGCCUGCUGGGCUCGGACUUCCGGAUAGAAACUACUACUAUAGAGAUGACCGUAUUUUAACAGCCUAUAUGGAUUACAUAAGGGAUGUUGUGAUCUCCCUAAGUUCCACGAGAAACAAAGCAGCAAAAUUCGGAAGAGAUAUUUUCAAUUACGAGAAACGAAUAGCGGAAAUUACUCCAGAUUUGGCCAACUUACAAAACCCCAUUACCACAUACAAUGCUGUUUCAUUGGCCGAACUCAAAUUGACCACAAGCACUAUUCCCUUUCAUGACAUUUUGCAAGCUCUGUACCCCAAAGUCAGCAUAUCGGAAAAUACAGAAGUGAUAGUCACAUCGCAAGAGUAUCUAAGCGAAUUGGCUCAAAUCAUCUCUUCUACCGAUAGGCAUACGAUGAAUGGGUAUCUUAUUUGGUGUUUGGUGAGGGAAUAUUUGCCUUUUUUGUCCGAAGUGUACACAUCAGCCCUUGAUUCUUUUAAUAAUGAGUUAUUUGGCAUUUCAAAGUCCAACAAACGUUGGGAAGUGUGUGUAAAAUGGGUGAGAGAGUUUAUGUCUCUAGCCACUGAGUUCCACCUGGAAAAGAUUUUCCCUAUCGCUGAAGCAACGAAGCAAUCUUUGAACGAAACGUUUCGAACAAUUCUGGAAGUAAUUAAGAAAAAGCUAGACACAUUUGGUCAAUCAGUGCUAUUGAAAGAUCAGCUAGCCGCCAAACUAAAUACACUGUCGCUGCAGAUCGGUCUUCCCAGCUCGGCCAAAAACUUGACAUACUUAAAAGAAUAUUACAAUCCGUUGAUUGUAUUCAAGAUGAAUUUAUUCGACAGCAUCAAAAGCAGCAUCCCGUUGACGAGGAAAGUGGACGAAAGGCUUUUGAUGAAUUCGUUGCCUCAAGGUGUGCUUAUAAAGGAGCUACUGAAGGACGUACCUAAAGUUAGAUACAUACCUUCGGAGAAUGCCAUUAUUAUACCAAGAGCUUUGGUAAUGGAGCCUUUCGUCGAAGAUGGAUAUCCGAGACCUGUGAUAUAUGGACGUUUGGGCACCGAAAUUGCCUCCGCAAUUUUAUCAGCUAUUUUACCAUACGGAAGUCUGUGGACGGCGGAUAAAAAAAUUCUGUCGCCUUUUCAUACGAUUGUAGCCGAAUCUUUGAAGUCAGUGCAAUCGAACGUGCAAUGCAUAUCCACUUAUCUGUCUCAGAACGUUGAUCCACUUUUUGCGCCUCAGAAAGAAGUGGCACUUUCCGCCUUUGUAGAGCUGUUUGCGGUUAAAGUUGCCAACGAGGCUCUUUUAUCAGGAAGCAAUAACCAUGUCCACUAUAGCGGUUUGGAGCAAUAUGAAGACUCAGCUUUAUAUUUUCUCACAUAUGCGCAGACCCGCUGUUCUGAGUCCACCAAACAGUAUCAGCUCUACCAGAGUUCGUUAUACUUCAUGCUAGAAUCCAAAGACUUACUGGAGAUGGCAUGGACUAAUUUAGCAGAGUUUCGACAGGCGUUUGACUGCGCCUCGAGUAAAUCGUCGAAAUGUUUUGAGGUUGUUCCCAAAUGACUAUGAACAUUAUUGAUAAAAAGUACACACUUUUUAUGAAGUUUGGCCUUUUAUGGUAUAAUUUUAUUUACCCCGAUGUGCGGGAAGCCUCAUGAAACCAGUGGCAUUUUUCCGUUUGCUGUGAAUAUUUUUUUAUUUGGACAACUUCAAAUGUUUUUAUGUGAAAAUACACAUUUUUUGGUUUAGUUUUUAUCGUACAUUAAACAGAUACAUAUUUGUCAAUAUUCACGUUGAUAUAUAAAUAAUAUAAGUACAACACUUUCGAUAGACGCCUCCCAUAUUUGCAUUAUAGAAACUAAAAAAACUAAAUGAGCUUGAUGUAUUUGGGUAUAUCAACCUCAUUUAGUAGUUUUGUAUCCCAUGUAAUAUUUGCUUUUUCUUUCCUUUUGUGAAUAUUUUCUAUAUUUAGGCGAAUCUUAUGGGCGAACGUAUUUACGAAAAUAUUGCUUCCUCUUCAGGUUGUUCUUCUAAACUGACAUUUUCUUCCAAAACAGUUCACAAUUUAUUGGCGCAACUUUGUCUAAUGUACUAUAAAAUUGCAGUGCAAAAAGAGUGAUUUUAUACAAGAUAAGUUUAUAGAAAAACAGUUAUCAUCAAAUCAUUUAUACUAGUAAAAGCUUACCUUUCGAACGGCAGGCAAAAUUCAGCCUUUGACAAGAUUCUCUGGUCUUUCCACAAAAGUUUAGAGCUUUUUUCUCGUAAAAAGUUGCACGCUGUAAAUGCUCCAAAACCCUGUACAUUUGCAUGUUAAAACUCGUAAAGUUGUCCAUAUGGAAGCUUUUGAAAAUGAAGCUUGUUAGGGAAUAUUGAGCCUCCAACUGGCCAGUAAAUUAUUGGAGUUUCUCAGUGAAGCAGCACCAAUACAUACGGGGAUUCAAGACUUGUUUGUAGAGUAUUGUUUUUAUGUUACUUACUAUUUAUUUUUUAUAAUGAUUGGGACUAAGGAAAUUAAAUUUCCACCCAUUUAUUUAAUGUGGAAAACUUGCCAAGUUUUUAAGUGAUUGGUCUGAAAAAAUGUUAUCUCUAGAAACAAAUCACCGUCAAAAUCUUGAUAGUGAAUCAUAUGAUACAUUAAUCAAGUGAUACGUAUUAUUGUUAAAACCUGGAGAUGAUAAGAUGCGUACUUGUAUGGAGAGAGUACUGGAGAUGAUAAGAUGCGUAAAACAUGCGUUUUCUUGCCUGUUGCGAUAUUUUUACAGUGAGGCAUUUGCUUGUAUGUUUAUAUAUUUAAGAUUUUAUUGGUUUUUUGAAGAUUUUUUUAUUAUGCCUUGUGAAGGCGUUUUUCCAGACCAAUUGGCAGUUUGAGCUGCUGUGUUAUUUCUUUUAGUACACCUUAUCAGUAUAUAUUAAUAAGCCUGUAUUUUUAUAAUAUAUUCAAUUUGACAAAA